UCAAAGAUGCAGGCUGCUGAGAUGAUGCGUGGUACCAGGGCCGUCUACGAUCUUGUGUUUCUAGUAUCUCUCUCGAUCGCUUAUGUCCAUUCCUUUCCACUUCAAGUAUUACCUAGCAUCCCUGGCUAUAUUCCAGUUUACAUAAGGCAUGGUAAUCAGCCAUUGGAGGAAAUAAAUCCUGCGUUAGCCGAGGCAUUUCACGAAGGAUCGAGCUUAUCUAAGAACAUCGAUUUAGAUAAUAUUUCUGAUUCUUCGAAAAUUAAUCCCGAAGAAGAUGAAGUGAACAAGUAUAAUAGAUAUCCAGUACACAUUAGACAAGUGAACAAUCGUAUCGUUCCUAACGACGAGAAGGAUAAGAGUUCGAUAGAUGAAGCUGUAGAAACAAAGGAAUCGAAAUCAGACGCAAAUGUGAACAAAGAGAAGCGUCGAGAAAAGCAGACGCGGAAAAUAAAACCAAAACCCGCGGUUAAAGUUAAGCCACUAACCGAAGAAGAAAAAGAAGCUCUUGAAAAGUAUCAAAUUGAUGUUGGAGAGGAUAUAAAAAUUUCAAACGAUAUGCAUGAUUCGAAUUUGCAUCUCUAUGAAUCGUCAUCAGACAAAUCCCGUUAUAAGAGUAACGAACGAGCUUUUGAUCCAAUUAUAAAAGUCGAUGAAAUUAUUACCGACGAAUCAGAUCAAUCUAAUUUGCACCUACCUAAGGAUAAUUCGCAACUUUUCGCUGACGAAAGUCCUCCUCCAUCUGCAAACGAUGAACCACCUAUCAAGGAACAACGUCUACCGAAUGUCUUAUCUAAUGUGCAAAAGUUAGUUGCUUCUGCAGAAAUAUUGAAAGCAGAGAAGGAACGGACAGAAAAUCAAUCUUUAGAGGAGAAAACAAAAUGAAAUUAAUGUACCAUUUAUAGUGAGACUUAUUUAUAACUAUAUGAAUAGUGUAGAAUUUUGUGAUACAACUUGUCUAAUGGUUAUUAAGAUUCAACUGUUUAUUAUCAAGUGUUACAAAUGAAAUUACAUUACUGUGUACUGUUGGUCUAUGAGAAUUAC